CGACUCAUCAGGCUACACCUUAAUUGAACUGACUCAAAACGGCUUGACUGAUUCUCAUGAAGUGUAUGGCUUGACUGAUUUUGUGUGCAUAAUGGGUAGAUCUGAGUAUCGGAAAUCUGUUUGGUUUUCCUUUUUUUCAUAUGGCAUAACAACCUUUGCUGGGUCAGCUUGUAUAAAUAUAAUAACAAUGUAAUAUUACAAUGAACGUCAUUUUUUAUCACUUUCCGGCACUUUGACACUUUUCUACUUUACUAGUAACUUUAACAGUUGUCAGUGUCACCGAAAAUGGUGUUACAAAUUUUGACCCAAUCUUUUGAUUUUAUAAUAAGUAAAUUGGGAAUAUAAUUGAAGUUCAUAGUUAAAUGAUGCCUUUACGCUGAUCCGUUAAUUAACAAUACGACAACAUGGAUUUAUUAAAAACUCCCUCUAUUCAGUCCUUAUUGGACUCGGAUUUAGAAUCCGUCGAAAGUCUUCAGUAUUUGGAUAUUGAAGAGCUUGAUGAAGUGGAAUAUGCAUUACCAACCAGUGAGGCACCUACUUUAGCAGAAGUUUUAUCUACUGAAGAAGAAGAGAUCAAAAAUAAAGAGCAAAAACAUGACGAGCCAACAAUUUGUUCAGCUCUUCAAGCAGACUUUUUACAAGGUGUAUCUCAACAGAUUUUACAAGCACAAGAAAGGUCGUCUGCAGGAGCUGCUACUGCUUUAAGUGUGGGAACAGAAGCUAAAUUAACAGUUGGAACAGCUCAUGGGCACCUUUUAUCAUUUCAUGAACAAACAUUGAGAUGGGUUUGUGAUUCAAAUAUUGACCGAGGAGCUGUAUCAUGUUUAUCCUACAACCAAGACUGUACACGACUGCUUGCUGGAUAUGCCAGAGGAUUAAUAUGCCAGUAUGAAAGUUUGCGGGGAACAAUAUUAAGACGUGUUACUUUGGGAGGCGAAAUAUGGGGAACAUUACGUGUGACUUGGGCUGGAACAUCAGGAUUGGCUCUUGAUACAGGGGGGUCAGUUUGGUUGAUAAAAUUCUCGCGACCUCUAGGAGUGCGAUCUGCUCGCUCUUCGUGCCUUUUCUCAGGAGCUCGAGGAGAAGUUGUAGCGAUGGCUGCCCGUGACUCUCGCGUUUUAGCAUUAGCAACUCUAUCCCGCGUUAUUAUCGUAGCUGGUGGUCGAGCGGCGGGAUUACGCCUUAUUGGACCUCCUGAUACACUCCCAGUACUUGAGUGGAGUGAAACUGAUGACAGGGUUUUAGUUUGCGGGCGUGCUAAAACAUUGCAAUGGCUCUCUCUUAUUAUCACGGGAUCUACUAUUUCUAUAAAACCAAUUCAAAGAGUUGAAUUAAUUUCAACACCUUUAUGGCUUGGGUGGCUUGGAGGCAAUUUGGCUAUUUUGGAUGUUGAUGAGAAUCUGAGAUUGUGGGGAGAUGACUAUGAUAAACCUUUGGAUCUGUCACACAUGGAACCUGUUUAUGCGUCGGCAUUUUUUAAGGGUCAUUGGACGGAUGGUCGUGUAUCGCGAGCCAUGUGUACUGCGGGCGUAAGUGCUCUUGGAGGUGCAUGUGUGUCAGAAGGUACAUUAUCGUUGCUGGGCCGACGUGGUAUCGUUCGAGUUCGACCGCGCCACCUACUCGCUAGAGCACAAGCAUUGUUGUCUUCCGGAAGACAUCUAAGUGCGCUUCGAUUGCUUUGUUCUGCCCAAGGACUAGAGGCAAAGUCCCUAGCUAAUCAGUUUAUAGAAACAAUAUCAGAAAGACCACAUUUACUAAAUGACAAACAACUUGCUGAUCAAACAGUGAAAUUGUGCAUAAAAUAUAAUUUAAGGGAUGAGUUAUGGAGCCGCUUAUGGGAGCAAUGUUGUAAUGAAAAGCCUUUUAUAGAAGCUUUAGGAGAUGCAGCAGCUCGGGGGGAUUUAUCAACCACAGAUUUAUCCCCUUCUCCGGAUUCUACUCAGCUCCUGAUCGAAAAACUGGCGGAUUUUGAGCCUGGCCUUGUUGAGCGUGUUAUAGCAUCACUUCCUCUUACGUCUCUCGACCCGCAUAGAGCCAGCGUGUUUACGAGAGACAAGGGACUAUGGCGAGCAGUCGGCGCGAUAGCUGCGGCACUCGGUGGCGGAAGCGGUGCGAUGCGUGAGCUGAUGGCGCACGUGACGUCGCGGUGCAGCUGGCGCGGCGGGGGCGCGGGCGCGGGCGGGGCCGCGGGGGGCGCGUGCGCCGGCUGCGCGCUCGUGGUGGGCGCGGCCGACGCGCUGGCGGGGCGCGGCGCCGCCGGCCGCCCGCUGCCGAGCCACGCGCGGCCCUCCGCCCGCCACGACGCACUGCACGCCAUGCUUUCGCCCGAUGACAGAGAUAGCAAGGGACGAUCACCGUUGAUGGCUAUGGUAGAGCAUGAUGCGGCGGCAGCAGUUCGACUUCUAGAACAGAGCUCUCGCGACCCGCCUUUCGUUGGACCGCUGGGAAAACAAAAUCGGCUGAGAGUUGCUCGCACGUUGCUGACGUUUGCAAGAGAUUUGCCCGACGAAGAAGACCGUAUUGAAAUCCUAGAGUUUUUAACAGGGCAAUUAAAUUCUGGCGCUCUCCCAACGGACCAAGAAGUAAUUACCGGUCUUAGAGAACUUGCUGCACUAACUGCUUGCGAACGAGCUGAUAGGGCAUGGAUAGCUCUUCUGAUGAGAGGGCGAUUCCAUCGCGAACUUCUUGAAGAACAAUAUGCCGCUGCAAAUGGCCGUCCCCGAGUUUUGUGGCGCAUUGAUGUGGCUUUAGGGGAACACGAACGCGCAAUCAACGAAUUUUUAAAAAUAACCACGCCGUCCUGCGCUGACAUUGAUGAGCUCUUUGAAUACCUUCGGCCCCUAAUUGAAACUAAAGAGGAUGCUAAGAACUUACUCGAAGCUCACCUACCCGCUCUUAUUAAACUUCGACCCUCAGCUAUAGCCAGUAUUGCGGGCGAUCACCUUUCAGAUUGUUAUAAUUCCAUCCUGCAGUCAAUGUGCAACGAGCAAGUCAUUAAAUUCGGUCAGAGUUUACUGGAAGCAGGAAUUUUGCGAGGAGAUGCGGCUGCUGCUCAUUUACGAAAUCUUUGCCGCAAGCGGCCUACUGAAGUGCGUUUGUUCUUAACUGAUAACGUCGGACUUAUUCGUCCUGAGGAGGCACUUUCAAUAGUUCGUUCGGAGGGGCCACCUGAAGCGGAAGCUCUAUGCCUCGAAGCCGUCGGCGAUCCGAGCGCAGCUCUCGAUGUUAUCCUACGACUUGCGACCGCAACCAAAGAUGAGAAGCUUUCAUCAAGUUUCAUUACUGAAGGUAGCGAACUAUGUGCGCGCGCAGCCCCCACUCUUCCGCCUGCCGCUGCGGCCGACAUGUGGACGCGGCUACUGAAACAAGCUCGCGUCCCUCCCCCGACGCUCCUGUUAGAAGCUGCGGCGUACCUCCCUAUCGAAGAAACGUUGAAGGGAGCCUGCGAGUCAGCCCACGUGGCACACACCAUACUGUCAUGCGGCGGGACGCGGCGCGCGGCGUGGGCGUGCACGGCGCGGGUGGCGGCACGUGAGGCGCACGCGCGGCUGGCGCGCGCGCUGGCCGAGGCGCGGCGCGGGCUGGCGGUGCGCGGGCGCUGCGUGCGCUGCGGGCGGCGGCUGGGCGCGCGGCCCGCCGUGCGCACGGGGCACUGCGCGCGCGCCUGCCACGCCGACUGCGAGGCGGAGGCGAGCUGCGGCGCGUGCGGCCGGCGCGCGCCCUCCUCGCCGCCGCUGUCGCUGGCGCCGCGCGCGCCGCGCCGCCCGGAUCCUGCGCCACUAGACUUUGACUUGAUGCUAGUGGCUCCUCCUCGCCCCGAUCUCGAGGGCUUAGUGUAAUUCACAAUGAAAUUCAUAGCAAACUGUUCAAUAAAUAGCUACAUUAGGUACAAAAGUAUGUAAUCAUUUUAUGUAUAAUCCUGUGUUCAAGCUAAAUGUUAUAAAAUAAAAUCUUUACUUGGAAUGGA